AUGUUUUCGCUGUGCAAGCAACCGCACGAAGCGACGGCAGUGGAGUUCUCGUUAACGUGCCAUUUCUUCAACCAUAAUGAAAAAUCGCUCGUUACCGGUGGUGCCAACGUGCUCAAGGUGUACCGUGUCAUCCCGGAUGCCGAUCCGGCAACGAGGGACAAGUACACGGCUACACGACCACCAAACAUGAAGCUCGAAUGUAUGGCUUCGUACCGGCUGUACGGUAAUAUCAAGAGCAUGCAAUCAGUGUCCUUAGCCGGUUCGUUGCGCGAUGCACUGUUGAUCAGUUUCCCCGACGCCAAACUCUCGGUGGUACAGUUCGAUCCGGACAACUUCGAUCUCAAGACGCUUUCGUUGCAUUACUUCGAGGAUGAAGACAUUCGGGGCGGUUGGACCGGUCACUAUCACAUACCGAUGGUGCGUGUCGACCCGGACAAUCGGUGUGCGGUGAUGUUGGUUUACGGGCGGAAGCUUGUGGUGCUGCCGUUUCGUAAGGAUAGUUCACUGGACGAAAUCGAGCUGCAGGAUGUGAAACCGAUAAAGAAAGCGCCGGUACAGCUGGUGGCGAAAACACCCAUCCUGGCGUCGUACAUUAUCGAGUUGAAGGAUUUAGACGAGAAGAUUGAUAACGUAAUCGAUAUUCAGUUUCUGCACGGAUAUUACGAGCCUACGUUGCUGAUUUUAUACGAGCCCGUUCGAACGUUCCCAGGUCGAAUCGCUGUCCGCUCGGAUACCUGCACAAUGGUAGCACUGUCGCUAAACAUUCAACAGCGUGUACAUCCGGUUAUUUGGACGGUUAACAGUCUGCCGUUCGAUUGUAUACAGGCGAUACCGAUCAAUAAACCGAUCGGUGGGUGCUUGAUAAUGUGCGUCAACUCACUGAUCUACCUCAACCAGAGUGUACCACCGUACGGUGUUAGUUUGAACAGCAGUGCGGAUCACAGCACUAGUUUUCCGCUGAAACCACAAGACGGUGUGCGGAUGAGUCUGGAUGCGGCGCAGGUGUGUUUUAUUGAACCCGAGAAGCUCGUUCUUUCGCUCAAAGGUGGUGAACUAUACGUGCUGACGCUAUGUGCCGAUUCGAUGCGUAGUGUGCGGAAUUUCCACUUCAACAAAGCGGCCGCCAGUGUACUAACGAGUUGUAUCUGCGUUUGUGAGGAUGAGUAUCUGUUUCUCGGGUCCCGGUUGGGUAAUUCGCUUCUGCUAAGGUUCAAAGAGAAGGACGAAAGCUUGGUAAUUACGAUCGACGACAGUGGGGCGGUCGAGAAGGAACCGAAACGCCCACGGAUGGAGGAGGAAGAGCUGGAGGUGUAUGGCAGCGGGUACAAAACGUCCGUCCAGCUAACGAGCUACAUAUUCGAGGUGUGCGACAAUGUGCUUAAUAUUGGACCGAUCGCCCAUAUGGCGGUGGGUGAACGCAUCCCGGAGGAGGACGUGGAAAACCCACCCGAAGUGCAGAUUGCAUCGAACAAGCUCGAUAUCGAGGUGGUUACAUCGAGCGGACAUGGGAAAAAUGGAGCGCUUUGUGUGCUGCAAAGUUCCAUCAAACCUCAGGUGAUCACAAGCUUCGGACUGUCCGGUUGUCUCGAUGUUUGGACGGUGUUUGAUGAAGCGAUUGCGCGGAAACCAGAAGACGGACCUUCAACGCACGCAUUUAUGAUACUGUCGCAGGAAAGCGGUACGAUGGUGCUGCAAACGGGCGAGGAGAUUAAUGAGAUAGAAAACACGGGCUUUGCCACUAGCGUACCAACCAUCCAUGUGGGAAAUAUCGGUUCGAACCGGUUCAUUGUGCAGGUGACGACGAAAUCGAUCCGAUUGCUGCAGGGAACGCGCCUGCUGCAAAACAUUCCGAUCGAUCUCGGUUGUCCGCUUGCAUCGGUCUCGAUCGUGGACCCGUACGUGUGUGUACGAUCGUCGGAGGGUCGAGUCAUAACGCUUGCGUUACGCGAAGGCAAAGGAACGCCCCGAUUGGCGGUGAACAAAAACACUAUCAGCCCAACGCCGGCGGUGGUAGCGAUCAGUGCGUACCGGGACGUAUCCGGGCUGUUCACGAAGAAGAUCGAGGACGUGUAUGAUCUCAGCAAGGGUGGCGGUGCGUCCGCAUACUCGAGCGGGUUCGGAUCGAUGAAACCGGAACCGCACAUGAAGAUCGAGGAUGAGGAGGAUCUGCUGUACGGUGAAUCGGGACGCUCGUUCAAGAUGACGUCCAUGGCCGAUAUGGCGAUCGCGGGCAAAAGUGGAGGUAAUGCGGACUUCUGGAUGAAGUACAUGCAGCAGGUAAAACCGACCUACUGGUUGUUUGCCGCCCGGGAAAAUGGAACGCUGGAAAUCUACUCAAUGCCCGAUCUGAAGCUGGUGUACUUGAUCACCAACGUCGGGAACGGCAAUAAGGUGCUGUCCGAUUCGAUGGAGUUUGUGCCGCUGCCGAUGGGAAAGGGUGCCAUGCAGGAGGACGCCACCAGCGCGUUCGGGACGACGUUCGGUGUGUCGGCGUCACUGCUGCCGAAGGAGAUUCUUAUGGUGGCGUUGGGCAAUUACGGUUCCCGUCCAUUGCUGUUCAUCCGUCUCGAGCACGAUCUGUUGAUUUAUCGCGUGUUUCGCUACUCGAAGGGACAUUUGAAAUUGCGCUUCAAGCGCCUGUCGACCAGUGUUACGUGCCCAAUGUUUAAAACCGUUCCCGCACGGUUCGCCAACCUCGAGCCAACUGUGGCGGGUGAUGCGGGAGAUGAUGCGACCAGCGAUGCGGCAAAGUCCAACGAGCUUGCCACGAAGGUACUGUACGAGAACAUUUCGAUGAUUCGCUACUUUGCCAACGUGUCCGGGUAUGCGGGGGUGGCGGUAUGUGGUGAGAAACCUUACUUCCUGUUCCUGACCGCGCACGGUGAGCUGCGUUCGCACCGGUUGUACGCGCGCACCGUUAUGAAAGCGUUUGCCCCGUUCAACAACGUAAACUGCCCAAACGGGUUCCUGUAUUUCGAUGAGCAGUACGAGCUGAAGAUUUCCAUCUUUCCCACCUACCUGUCGUACGAUUCUGUGUGGCCGGUGCGUAAGAUUCCGCUGCGCAGCUCACCGAAACAGAUCGUGUACCAUCGGGAGAAUAAGGUGUACUGCGUGGUGAUGGAUGCGGAAGAGAUCUGCAACAAGUACUACCGGUUUAACGGUGAGGACAAGGAGCUGACGGAGGAGAACAAGGGUGAACGAUUCCUCUACCCGAUGGGGCAUCGGUUUUCGGUGGUGCUCGUUACACCGGCUGCCUGGGAGGUGGUCCCCGAGACGUCGAUAAAUCUGGAGGAGUGGGAGCACGUGAUAGCGCUGAAGAAUGUCAGCCUUACGUACGAAGGUGCCCGAUCGGGGCUGAAGGAGUACAUUGCGGUCGGUACGAACUUUAACUACAGCGAGGACAUAACGUCGCGCGGCCGGUUACUGCUGUACGACAUCAUCGAGGUCGUACCGGAACCUGGCAAACCGCUGACGAAGCACAAAUUUAAGGAGGUGAUCAUCAAGGAUCAAAAGGGUCCGGUGUCGGCCAUCUCGCACGUGUGCGGAUUUCUGGUGGGUGCCGUUGGCCAGAAGGUGUACCUGUGGCAGAUGAAGGACGACGAUCUCGUUGGCGUAGCGUUCAUCGACACGAACAUCUUCGUACACCAGAUGGUGUCGAUAAAGUCCCUCAUCCUGGUCGCGGACGUGUACAAAUCGAUCAGCUUGUUGCGGUUCCAGGAAGAGUACCGAACGCUAUCGGUCGUUUCGCGCGAUUACCACCCGCUGAAUGUGUACCAGGUAGAGUACGUGGUAGACAACUCCAAUCUUGGGUUCCUGGUGUCGGACGACCAGAGCAACUUGAUCACGUACAUGUAUCAGCCCGAAUCGCGCGAAUCAUUCGGCGGGCAGCGGUUGCUGCGCAAAAGUGACUACCAUCUUGGCCAGCAGGUGAACGCCAUGUUCCGGGUGCAGUGCGAUUUCCACGAGUCCGACGUGAUGAAGCGGACGCUCAACUACGACAACAAGCACACGACCUUCUUUGCAACGCUCGACGGUGGCAUUGGGUUUGUGUUACCGCUGCCAGAGAAAACGUACCGACGGUUGUUCAUGUUGCAGAACGUUCUGCUGACGCACAGUCCCCACAUGGGCGGCUUAAACCCAAAGGCGUACCGUACGAUCAAGCAAACGCGCAAGCUGCCGAUCAAUCCGAGCCGGUGCGUGGUUGACGGGGAUCUGGUGUGGAGCUUCCUGGAGCUGCCGGCGAACGAAAAGCUCGAGGUAGCGAAAAAGAUCGGUACACGCAUCGAGGAGAUCUGUUCCGAUCUGAUGGAGAUCGAGCACGUAACGCACGCACUGUAG